CGACUUAUCAACGUGUCUAUCUCCGUACCAUAUCAAACUUACCAAAUCACAAAUCAUACUCUCACCAUUAUGGAACAAGGUCUGCAUAUCUGAUUGCAUGGACUGUGAAAGUGGAUAGAGUAUUGGGAAUUUCUCCUGAUUCUUCCGUCUUGGCCUAGGAAACAAGAGAUAACCUUAAUUCAUACCGAUUAACCUUAAUCGAGAAGAGUUUAGUAUGUUUUGGAUUCGAUGACUUGAUGCAGGAAAUUGAGGUUUCCUUAGGUAUAGUAUCGAUUUCAGAGACAGGAGACCUCUAAGAUCAAUUGGAAUCAUGUAAGUGACUUAUCGAUGGUCCUCGUUGACAAUGGCAAAAACCUAUAAGUAUGUAUCCUAUUCCUGCCCAUCAUCCAUCAUCUCAUCUUCUCUACAUUCAUUACAUUCAUUACAUUCCUUUACCAAUAUCCUACGUUCUUUACAAACUAACCCAAUAAAUUCAAACAAAAACCGUCAAAAUGCAAUUCACAACCACCACACUCAUUGCCAUCCUCAGCGCUAUCGCAGCUGCAUCUCCUAUCGAACCCCGUCAAAAUUCGACGAUGCAAGAACACCUCUGCACUUCCGCUAUUGACACAGCCUUGUGCUGUCAAACCACUAUUGCCGGUGUCAUUAACCAGACCUGCACAACUCCUGGCAUUACUCCUCGCAACAAACAAGAAUUCCGAGCAUACUGCGCUGCUCAAGGUCAAGACUCAUCAUGUUGUAAAACUCCUCUCAUAGGCGAUGGAGUUAUCUGCACCCCUCCUUAGAUGGGAGGUUGAUUGCGAUGGAGGUCCGAGUAUGUGGACAUUUGGACGGGCGUUGGAGAUGAUACGAAAAGUUUUGUUGAGGGGUACGGUUUGGUGUACUGUAUGAUUAUCGAGGACGGACGUAUAUUUUCUCUGAUUUUUGAUGCCAUUUUG